CAUUUUAAUGAGGACAUGAUCCGACCUGUUCUGGCUGUUCUUCGGACUGUACACUUUCUCCCUUCCUUCGUUUUUGUUUCUCCCUCUCCUUCUCCCUUUUUUCUCCUUUCUCCCUGAUAUCAAAUUGCAGAAGAAACGAAAUUCAGCAUUCGCCCGUCCCAUGGGAGAUUCCAGCCUUGCACUUGGUACAUCAGUUCAUAAAGCGCUUGGUGGCGGCUCAGUUGCUGAUGUGCUAUUGUGGAGAAAAUGGCGUGGCGGAGCUGUGAUGCUAGUCUCGGCAACGACGAUGUGGUACUUAUUCGAAGUAGCCGGUUAUAAUUUCUUAACUUUCGUGGCCAACGUGUUGUUGCUUCUUAUUGUUAUUCUCUUCUUGUGGGCCAAAUCUGCUUCACUUCUCAACAGACCUUUGCCGCCAAUUCCUAAUAUGGAAAUUUCUGAGAGAACGAUCGGGAUUGUUGCGGAUGAGUUACAAAUAUGGCUUAAUUGUGUAUUGUCAAUUGCACAUGACAUUACCAUCGGCAGAAAUUUGAAAGUUUUUCUUAAGGUUGCCCUUAGCUUGUGGUUUGUAUCAUUCAUUGGUAGUCUCUUCAACUUCCUCACUCUGGUCUAUAUUGGAGUUAUUCUUAUUUUAUCAGUCCCUUUGGUAUAUGAAAAGUACCAGCCUCACAUUGAUGAGAAGCUGUCUGUAGCGCACGGAGUCUUUCAAGAGCAGUGCAGGAAACUUGAUGAAACGGUCUUAAGUAAGCUUCCAUUGCCCUCAAACAAGGAAAAGAAGAUGCAGUAGGGAAUUCAGGUGGUUUAGUGAGACAAGAGGCAUAGAAUUGGGUUUUGAAGAUGUGAAGCAUUUGAUUUCUUUUUGCUCGAUGCCAUCGAUAUUCCUUAUACUAGUUGAGUUUCUUUAGGAGCUGCUGGACUAACCUUGAUAACUUAUAUUGUUGGGAGAAGAUUCAACUUUUCUUUUUUUUUCUUUCUUUUACCCACUUAUGGGAACCUUAUAUUCUUGAUUUUUAAGUCUUGACCUGCAGUUUAUACGUUUGUGGUUAUAUUUUUUUGUUUUUUUCAUAUUCAUUUGUGGAUUGGGGACAGAUAUCCUCCAGGGGCGGAGGAAGCUUGUUUGUGGCAAUGAAAUCCAAGCUUAUACAUUUUUCUUA